AUGGCUGUUCCAGCUGUAAUCGGUGCAGCAGCAAUCGCAGCUCUUUAUGCAGGGAGAAGAUACUUUCAAGGCCCUAAAUGCAAUAGCAAAAGAAGCCUACAAGGUAAAACUGUUGUUAUCACCGGUGGAAACACUGGCAUCGGUAAAGAAACCGCAGUGGAUUUAGCCAGCCGUGGAGCGAGGGUCAUAAUUGGCUGCAGAAAUCUCCAAAAGGGUAAAGAAGCACUAAAUGAAGUAAAAGAACGAAGUGGAAACUCAAAUGUUUUUCUUGAAGAGAUAGAUCUUGCCUCUUUGGAGUCAGUUCGCAAGUUUGCAGACAAAGUUCUCAACAGCGAACCCGGUUUAGACAUCCUCAUAAACAACGCUGGAGUGAUGGCCUGCCCAUAUCAGAAGACAAAAGAUGGAUUUGAGAUGCAGUUUGGUACGAAUCAUCUUGGGCAUUUCUUGCUGACGAUGCUGCUUCUUGACCGACUAAAGAGCUCACAGCCGAGUCGCAUAAUAAACGUAUCUUCAAAAGGUCACAGAAUGGGUAGUUGCAAGAUAAAUUUUGAAGAUAUAAAUUACGAAAAAAGCUAUGACAGCUGGGCCGCCUAUUUUAACAGCAAGCUUGCUAACGUCUUAUUCACACGUGAGCUGAGCAAACGCCUUGAGGGUAGCCACGUGACUGUGAAUGCACUGCACCCAGGGGCAGUUAGUACUGAACUGGGUCGACACACUAUCCUUGCCACCUUAGCUUUACCCAUUGGUUGGUAUAUUUUGAAGACACCUACACAGGGGGCCCAAACCACCAUUUACUGUGCCGUCUCAGAAGAAAUGGAAGGAGUUAGCGGAAAGUAUCUGAAAGAUUGCGCCAUCGUGGAGGAAUCCAAGGGUGCACAGGAUGAUGAUGCAGCCAAGAAGUUGUGGGAUCUUAGCAUGAAGAUGGUUGGGUUGGAAAAGUUAUAAUACCAGUAUGAUAGCAUUCCUUCAUGAAGGCAAACAAAGCCCACUGUAUUGGCUAAUUUAAAAACUUUGAGCCUCUGGACGUCAAUGAAUGAGAUGAACUGUAAUCUGUUACUACAUGUCGUAUUAAAAAAUAUAUAAAAAAAUUUCUGUCUCUUUGUUGUUAACCACACGGUGCCACCCCAUAUUCUAAGUAACUGCUGAUGGUUGUUUUACGUCAAUAUACAUUUCUGUAAAUUUGUUAUUUGUCCUUUAUGCUGACCUGAGGAAAAGACUAGUUUAGGUCAUUGGAAAUACUGAUAUUGAGUGUUAUACUUGCAGUAGUAUGUAAUUUAUAGUAAUUUCACGUUCACGUAAAAAUUGUCUUGGGAUGGGCAGAAUCACGAAUAAAUAAAAACUCAAAUCAAAUUUUCACGAGGAAACAUAUUUCCAAUCUCGCUGCACGAAAAAGAAUAGGGGACCCUCAAAACGGGAUCGUUGCUUUGGUGGUAACCUUGGAAAAAAAAAAAUUAGCAUGGAGACGAGGCUUGUUCGAGCGUGACUCCUUAGGUAAACACUUGGACACUUGAUAAGAUCGACUGCGGAGGUGUGAAAAUCAUGGCUGUUCCAGCUGUGAUCGGCGUAGCGGCAAUCGCGGCUCUUUAUGCAGGGAAAAGAUACUUCCAAGGCCCAAAAUGCAAUAGCAAAAGCAGCCUCGAAGGUAAAACCGUGGUUAUCACCGGUGGAAACACUGGCAUCGGUAAAGAAACCGCGGUGGAUUUAGCGAGGCGUGGAGCGAGGGUCAUAAUCGGCUGCAGAAACCUACAAAAGGGUAAAGAGGCACUGAAAGAAAUUAAAGAACGCAGUGGAAAUUCAAAUAUUUUUCUUGAGGAGAUAGAUCUGGCUUCUUUGGAAUCAGUUCGCAAGUUUGCAGACAAAGUUCUCAACAGCGAACCCCGCCUAGACAUCCUAAUCAACAACGCCGGAGUGAUGGUCUGCCCAUAUCAGAAGACAAAAGAAGGAUUUGAGAUGCAGUUUGGUACGAAUCAUCUUGGGCAUUUCUUGCUGACGAUACUGCUCCUUGACCGACUGAAACGCUCACAGCCGAGUCGUAUCGUAAUCGUUUCUUCGUCCGCUCACGGAAUGGGUAGUGGCAAGAUAAACUUUCAGGACAUUAACUAUGAAAAAAGCUAUGACAGCUGGGUCGCCUAUUAUAACAGUAAGCUUGCAAACGUGUUAUUCACUCGCGAGCUGAGCAAACGUCUGGAGGGUACCCACGUAACGGUAAAUGCCCUGCAUCCAGGAGCUGUUGCUACUGAAUUGCAACGCCACUCAUUUCUGGGCAGUGCUCUGCUCUACCCUGUGCGCUGGUACAUGUUCAAGACCGUAGAACAGGGAGCUCAAACUACCAUCUACUGUGCCGUUUCUGAAGAAAUGGAAGGAGUUAGCGGGAAGUAUCUGAAAGAUUGCGCUAUUGUAGAGCCAUCCAAGGGUGCCCAGGAUGAUGAAGCAGCCAGGAAGUUGUGGAAUCUGAGCAUAAAGAUGGUUGGACUGGAAAAGUGACACUAAAAUUAGAUAACAGAAUCGUUACCUGUUCAAUGAUUUUAUGCCAGUGCUAUUGUUGUUAGUUACCGGUAUUUAGUCUAAUGCCGGUGACAGUAAUAUUAUUCUGUUAUUUAAGAAGAGUACACAACUACGGAUAGAGUUAACCAAUUCUUGUGUAAAAUUUUUAGUGUUUUUGUAUGUAGCAAGCGCCAUCGAAUAAAAGAAAGGUGCCAGAUCCUAGUAGAUCUUAAAUAGAUAUGAUAUAUAUCCGCAAAGUUGUACAAGCAGCCUUGUAAAAUUGCCACCAGUGACAAAGCACUAUACAAGUUUGUAAAUAAUUAUUUAUCUAGUUUUUUAACUUAAUUUUUAUUUUUUCUAAUAUUUAACUCUUUACUAUUUAGUUAAUUAUUAUUACAAAACCCUCAUACAAAAAGCUUCUGUACCUCUGACUGAGUCAAAAUAAAUUGAUAGAUCACUUCUUUAGAGAGAAUUUCUCAGCCACAAACUUCUCCUUCCUAUUUUCAGGGAGAGAUCUUGUUCUUGUGCGGGUAGGGAACAACCUCGUCCCCAGGGCGCUUUUCACUGGCUUUGGAGGCGAGGUUGGGCGGGGAGCUGGCUACUUGCAGACAACCAUACCACCCUGGCAAUGGCAGCUUUGGACACCUGUUUAACCUUAGCUUCUCUUAACCUGUUCCAGGCUCUGAGCUAGUCGAGUCCACAAAAUUGAGAAUGCGCGAACACGAAAAUAAAACGGGAGGAACCUGGCAGACCGCGCGCUCAUAUUUUCGCGUGCUUUUCACUUACUCGUCAUACCCAAGCUUCCCCACUAGCUGAGAGCAAGGAACAGGCUACUUCAUUUGGGCUUGUCAGCCUUGACAGUUAAGUUAGGGUAGCUGAACACAGCCUUUGGUAAUACAGAAGCGAGACACAACAAUCCUUAGUAGUUUUCACUAAGAAAAUGUUGAGGGGGCCGGCUGGCCCUUUGUGCUUUAAAUUAUUUGACCUAAAAAUUAGGAGGGGGCUUAGCCACCAUUCCUCGGCCCCAUCUAUUGAGAUCCGUCACCGAUUAUAGAAGAGAUUAGCUACAUAUAACCCUGUUUGAUAAAAAGGUAAAUUGGUGUGACUAUCAAGAAGCCUUUGUCACAGCGUUUUGGGCAUCCCCGCGUUUUGGGCAUCCCCAUUCCCAUAUCCCUAGCGUUUUGGGUAUCCCCUUCUCAUAUUACUGCAGCGUUUUGGGCAUCCCCCGGUACCCUCCCGGGAUGCCCAAAUCCCUAGCGUUUUGGGCAUCCCCUCCAAAACAAUUUGGGAUUUCGCGGGAAAAUCGAAAACCUUUUAGAGAUGGAUUCCGCUAAAUAUACAAAUCUGUUCCGGUAUCUUAAAAAUAAGGUUUAUCCGGAAGGCUUUACAAAGCAGGACAAAACAAUCCUUAGACAAUUCGCCAAAAAGUUUGAGUAUGACUCAAAAUUAGAGUCCUUGUUCUACGUGGCCAAGGAGAAGGAUGGCACAGCGCUUCGACGUCUUGUUAUCGCCGAGGAAGAGAAAGCGAGGGUCUGCGAAGAGUGCCACUGAUGAUUUGAGGCCUCAGUAAUUGUGUGACAGCCUUUCCUGUAUCAAGUAGCCUUGCGGGGUUAAGUUGUACAGGCCUCAAAUGUCAUGAAUACUAUGAAUGCAACACCGCAAAACGCAGUUUUAUUCAUGUUUGCCUUUUGAUUCCUUUGUUUAGUAUUCCUGUUUUUGGCUGUUUGGAAUCAGACGAUCGCAGCUGCCGGUGAUUGCGGCAUUGCUCGCUUGUAAACAGUUCUAUUAAAUAAAAUUGAAAGCUUUGCAAACAAUGAAGUGUUGUGCAUCGAAGCGAUGUUAUGCGGUUGUAAAUUUCAGUUUCGUCAUGUUUUGAGCUUACGUUUACUGCCUAUGGGUUUUUUUCUGCGCAAUUAACCCGGCAAAAAGUGUCGGACGAUAUAAUUCUAACAUGCAUCUACACUAUUUAGCCGCAAAUUCGUGAUUAACAAUCCCGACUUUUCCCCAGUCUGAAAUAAUUUAGGCAAAGUCGAAGUGAUCAGCGUUUUGGACAUCCCCCACCGGGGAUACCCAAAACGCUAGGGAUAUGGGAAUGGGGAUGCCCAAAACGCGGGGAUGCCCAAAACGCUGUGACACCUGUCCAUUUUGAUCCAUUACAAGCCUGGGUACGAGGCAGACAGGGACCUGUGAACGAGCAUAGAGACGAGGUUACGCAAAGGUUACGCAUGCAUGACUCAGCAUAUAUUCUAUUGUUGUAUUGUCCAAGUUCUAGCUCGAACAUGGCUGUCCCAGCUGCGAUCGGUGUAGCAGGAAUUGCUGUUCUUUAUGCAGGGAAAAGAUACUUUCAAGGGCCUCGAUGCAAGAGUAACAAGAGCCUAAAAGGAAAAACCGUGGUUAUCACCGGUGGAAACACUGGCAUCGGUAAAGAAACCGCGGUGGAUUUAGCCAGGCGUGGAGCAAGGGUCAUAAUCGGCUGCAGAAACCUACAAAAGGGUAAAGAAGCACUGAAUGAAAUAAAAGAACGAAGCGGAAACCCCAAUGUUUUCCUUGAGGAGAUAGAUCUUGCCUCUUUGGCGUCAGUUCGCAAGUUUGCAGAUACAAUUCUCAACAGUGAACCUCGUCUAGACAUUCUGAUCAACAACGCGGGAGUGAUGGCCUGCGCAUAUCAGAAGACAAAAGAUGGAUUUGAGAUGCAGUUUGGUACGAAUCAUCUUGGGCAUUUCUUGCUGACGAUGCUGCUUCUGGACCGACUGAAGCUUUGUCAGCCGAGUCGUAUCAUAAACGUGUCUUCGUCCGCUCACAGAAUGGGAAGUGGCAAGAUCAACUUUGAAGAUCUAAACUAUGAAAAGAGCUACAGCAGCUGGGGUGCAUACUUCAACAGCAAGCUUGCAAACGUGCUUUUCACACGCGAAUUGAGCAAACGCCUUGAGGGUACCCACGUGACAGCGAAUUCACUGCAUCCUGGAGCAGUCAUCACUGAUUUGCAGCGCCACUCUUUUAUAGGAAGUGGUCUGCUCUUUCCCCUUCGCUGGUAUACAUUUAAGACAGCCGAACAGGGAGCCCAAACUUCCAUUCACUGUGCAGUCUCUGAGGAGAUGGAAGGUGUCAGUGGAAAAUAUCUGCGAGAUUGCACCAUUGUGGAAGAAUCCAAGGGGGCCCAGGAUGAUGCCGCAGCCAAGAAGCUAUGGGAUCUGAGCGUGAAGCUGGUUGGGCUGGAAAAAUAGACAAUUCGAAGAUGGAAGUGUCUAGCUACAGCUUUACAUAUUAGGCUGGACAUUUGUACCAUUUUCCUUAACUUCUUUAGCAUUCAAGAACCACAUAAUACAGUUAGAUACAUGUGUAGAACAGUUUUAAAAAAACUGGGCAUAACACAUGAUAAACAUAAAAACUAUGAUUCAUUGUAGUACAUAAGGUUCUUUAAACACAUUCUACAUGUAAGAAAAAGUAUGUGUUCCUUAAAAAGGCAGCAUUACAAGGAUUAGGGCUAUGUUAACCUUGAUUUAUGAUAUUGAUAGAAACUAACUAGUGCUUGAAAUAGGAACUGGGCAUAAUCUGUUAAUGUAACCUGUUGUAUUUGAAUAAAGUGUGAAGACUGACGGGGUCAAAUGGUUCCUUGAAAUCUCGGUAUAAUUUGUGAUGUGCUUCAAACUAUUGUUUUUGUGCAUUUCUUUCCAUUUUUUGUUUUUAUAGACAUUCAUAAAGCAAGCAUUCUGUAGUUCUAACCUAUUUGAAUUGCCUUUGCUUUUAUCAAACGGCCACAGUAUGAAAAAGGAUACGCUAUUUAUGGACUAGGCACCAUGUAAACAAUACCCUGUUCAGCAACACACACCUAAAUAGCUUAAAUGCGAGAGUACCUCUCUGAGUAAUUUGUCAGACCCUACAUAUUUUGAGGGAAACUCUCAAUCUGAUCUGCUCAUCCAGCCUUUAAUGCUUUCUUCAAUAAUCUUGAUUUUUUGAGUUGCUUAUUCUGUAAAGAGUCUGAUCAGAGUGAAAUCUGUUGACUUUGCUUUUUUUUACUUUGAAAUAUGCAAAUGUACUUUCUGCUUGAAUGAUUUAGUUUAUUCAGCUGCCUUCCUAGCCCCUCUAAUGUUUGCUUUAGUCGGAUUUGAAAUGUAAAAUGAUUGACUUUGAAAGCAGUUUCUGUCUGAAUAUUAUUUUAACUUCAAAGGAAUGUGACAGCCUGGGAGAGGUUUAAUUACUGUUUGUGUGUCAAACUAGGAUACCUAAUAAAUUCGAGAGAAGCAUCAACCUGCCGCUCUUUUUCUUUCACUCCAAAUAUAUAUCAACAAUUCCAGUCCAGUCAGUACAGAAUUUGCCAAAGGCAAUUUUAUCAUUGUCUUGGCCCCAUUUAGUCUCCAUUGCAACCGUCACGCAGUAGAAACGGCUGCCAAGGAGACUAGGCCUCAUUGUAUCACCCUUUCUGUAAUAAAAGCAACAACAACUUUAUCUAAGCUUUUUACUUGAGGGGAGGGGACAGGGGUGGGUUUGUUCCAGCUUGCCUCCCCGCCCCCCCCUAAAUGCCGUAGUUAAGCGUUGGAGACUACGAUCAGACAAACGGCCCGACUUCACACUCACCCCCUCAACAAAACCCAAACCCAAAUACCCGCUGCUGGAAAACAAACCUUAUAUCGGACCUCUUAAGACCUCUUAUAUUGUAGCAUUGCGAACAGCAGACGUAUUUCCGGUCGUCGCUUCUCGCCCGGAAAUCAGUCUGCUGGUCGCAGGCUACUGAUAUUGCUGACAAUGACUUAUUUUAAAGCGUAAGCGUGACUCGGCAAUUCAUUAACUCACAUUCACCCCCUUGACCGCACCCAAACCCACCUACUCCCUGCUGGAAAACAAGCCUUGUGGUUACUAAAAAUUAAUUUUGAAAAAAAAACUAAAGCACUGAUCUUCCAAAAACAAAACUGUAAAUCAACAUGAGACAAAUACCCCACGGUCCUAAAUGGGAAUCAAAUCUCCAAAGUCACAGAAUACUCUUAUCUGGGCAUAACGCUUAAUUCAAAUGGAAGUUUCUAAAUUUCCAAACAAUUAUCUGCACAGAAAAUAAGAAGAUCAAUAUUUGGUACAAAACGUUUUCUUGAAUUUAACAAGCUUCCAGUUGCUGUAUGCAAUAAACUUUAUGAUGCUCUAUUUCUUCCUAUAUUACGAUACAGCUCUGAGGUAUGGGGUGCUUACGACAGAACUGAUGCUAAGAAAUAAUAAUAAUUAUUAUUAUUAUUAGAAACGGGAAAAAGACCCCAUUGAAAAACUUGAAAAACUUCACACCCAAUUUUACAAACAUUUUAUUGGUGUAAACAGAAGAGCUAUAAACAUCAUAUCUCACAAUACCGUACUAUCACUUAAAUCUAAUAUUAGCAUAAGUGUCAUAAAAUUUUGGUUACCCCUCGGACCUCUCGUUAGUUUACCCGAUACUAGUAUUGAAAAGCAAUGUCUUUUACUUUCAAAUCAACAUUCAAACAGUGGAAAAUCGUCUUAAUUUCAUGUUGUCAUUUUAUGAAAUCAAAGCCAUUCAUCCUCUUCAUUAUUCAGCAUCGUCCUAUAUCAAUUAUCUUCAGUUGUAUCUUGUUAAAAUUAAGCCUUUAAACUCAAGAUAAAGACUGCGGUCUGAUGGACGUAAUACUGCUGUCACACCCCGGCGAAUUUUAAAACUUUAACAACCUGGGCGACCGUGCUUUCGUUGCUUCGGCGCGUAACUCUUGAACGAUUCACCUCUGGAAAUUAGAAUGGCCAUAUCUGUUGACACUUUUAAAACAUUUUUAAAGACGCAUCUUUUUAGUAGGGCUUUUCAUUCUAAGUUAGGUUUACUUAAUACCUAUACACAACUAUGUAAUUCUAUUUUAUUCUUAGUUAAGUUUUUUGAUAUUAUACACAACACAUGAUGUAAUUCUUAUUUAUCAUUUAGUUAUUUUUAUUCUAGGUACUGUUGUAAUGCGCAGUUGAUCUUGUCAUGAAAACCGCGCAAUAUAAAUUCUUAAAUUAUUAUUAUUAUUAUUAUUAAAUCAUGAAACUACAUUGUAGCACUUCUAAUAAUAAAUUACAAGUGUCUGAUAUUCUUGUAGAGCCAAAUUUGGUUACUCUCGAAGCUGCGUAAAAUAAAACAGGCUAUCAUAGAUGGCUUAAAAAAGUAUCAAAUGAAAAUGUUGCAAUCUUACAAAAAAAUUGAACACUCUUAAGACUGACGUUAGUAGAUCAGAAUAUUUAGACCUUAUUAAAAACGAAAAACACCCCCAGGCGGAAGCAAAGUUACGAUCAAGUAAUCCGGCACAAGUUAAGAAUUGAGACUGAUAGAUAUCACCCUCCUAAAAUUCAGAGAAUCUGAGAAUAUGCCAGUAUAAAUGAGGGAAUGAAAUUCAUUUUCUAUUGGAAUGCAAUUUAAGAAAACGCUUUUUUCAAGACGUAGAGGCCAUGCAAGUACUCCAAAUUCGUUGAUUUGAACAAAUCGGAAAAAGUUAUAUCUCUUUUUAACAAUAUUGAGCAUUUCAACUUAGAGAAACUUAUUUCAUGAAACAGAAGCAUGGGAAAUAGAGAUUACUACGUUUAAUUAAUUACAUUUAAUUAAUACUCUCUAUUUAUCAAUGUAAACUAAGGCUCGAAUAACCACUGCACUUACCGUGAACGGUCAAUGUAGCUCAACGUUGGAUCAAACAAGAUCGUAAUCAGUCGAAAAAGAUAUAAAUAGAAUUAAACUAAAAAAGACUACUGCAAAGACUGAUCAAACAAAGUGAAAAAGGCUGAGGUAUACAAUAUUACGACUGGCCAAUACCAGUCUUCAUCAGGUUUAUUAGGAAAAAUAUAUACUUAAUAAGUUUUAUGAAGACUGGUAUUGGCCAGUCGAAAGAUUGUUUACCUCAGCCUUUUUCAACGUGAAAAAAGCUGAGGUAAACAAUAUUUUCACUGGCCAAUACCAGUCUUCAUCAGGUUUAUUAGGAAAAAUAUACACCUAAUAAAUUUGAUGACGACUGGUAUUGGCCAGUCGAAAUAUUGUUUACCUCAGCCUUUUUCAGCUUGUUUCAUCAGCCUUUGCAGCAGCCUUUUUGAUUGUAAUUCUACUUUUACUCUCUAUUUAUUCAGUUAUACCAUUGCUGUAUAUGAGAAUACUAUUAAAAUGUUAUUUUACGUUAUGUUAUAUGUAUCGGAUCAGGCUUGGUAUCGGACCUCUGAUAUUGCAGGACAAUGACUUAUUUUAAAACUUAAGCGUGACUGGGCAAUAGCGUUGCCCGCGAAUGACCUCAGAGUGAAUAAUUUGCAAUUUUUGUCCGAGUUUUGUCAUUUUUCUCAUUUUAACGACAAUAGACAGACAAACAUGACACUUUAAUGACAGAAGUCUCACAAAAGUGAGGAAUUCGCUGACGUUAAUUUAAGUUUGUUUGUCUGAGUUUCGGGUCUAUAAAAGUAACUGCGCGCAGCGCUAUUAAUUAACUCAAAGAUCAUGGCUGUAUCGGCUGCGAUCGGUGUAGCGGCAAUCGCUGUCCUUUAUGCAGGGAAAAGAUACUUCCAAGGUCCAAAAUGCAAUAGCAAAAGACGCUUAGACGGCAAGACUGUUGUUAUCACAGGUGGGAACACUGGUAUCGGUAAAGAAACCGCGGUGGAUUUAGCUAGGCGUGGAGCAAGGGUCAUAAUCGGCUGCAGAAAUCUCCAAAAGGGUAAAGAAGCACUGAAUGAAAUAAAAGAACGAAGCAGGAACGCCAAUGUUUUUCUUGAAGAGAUAGAUCUGGCCUCUUUGGAGUCAGUUCGCAAGUUUGCAGACAGAAUUCUCAACAGUGAACCUCGUCUAGACAUCCUCAUCAACAACGCUGGAGUGAUGGCCUGUCCAUAUCAGAAGACGAAAGAUGGAUUUGAGAUGCAGUUUGGUACGAAUCAUCUUGGGCAUUUCUUGCUGACGAUGCUGCUUCUUGACCGACUGAAACGUUCUCAGCCGAGUCGUAUCAUAAACGUGUCUUCGUCCGUUCAUAGAAUGGGAAGUGGCAAGAUCAACUUUGAAGAUAUAAACUAUGAAAAGAGCUACGGCAGCUGGGCAGCCUAUUUCAACAGCAAACUUGCAAACGUGCUCUUCACACGCGAAUUGAGCAAACGCCUGGAGGGUACCCACGUGACAGCGAAUUCACUGCAUCCUGGAGGAGUCAAGACUGAUUUGCAGCGCCACUCUAUUCUAGGAAGUGCGCUGCUCUUUCCCCUUCGCUGGUAUACAUUUAAGACAGCUGAACAGGGAGCUCAAACUACCAUUCACUGUGCAGUCUCUGAAGAGAUGGAAGGUGUCAGUGGAAAAUAUCUGCGAGAUUGCGCCAUUGUGGAGGAAUCGAAGGGGGCCCAGGAUGAUGCCGCAGCCAAGAAGCUAUGGGAUCUGAGCGUGAAGCUGGUUGGGCUGGAAAAAUAGACAAUUAGAAGAUGGAAGUGUCUAGAUACAGCUUUACAUAUUAGGCUGGACAUUUUCCUUAAUUUCUUUACCAUUUUAGAACUACACAAUACAGUUAGAUGUGGCUUUAUUAAAAUUAGGUAGAUCAGAUACAUGCGAUGCCGAGAACAGUGCUACAAUAGCGUUGUCUGGGUUAUCCCUCCAUCCGUAGCCCUGCUACGAUACUGUCCUGAGUGUCCAUCGACCGAUACACAGGACUGACAGGCGCUAUUCACGCGAUGCGCGCGCUGAUAUAGCGCUCGCGUACGCGUAACCCGUAAGCCGUAAGCCGUAAGCCGUAAGUCGUAAGCCGUAAGCCGUAAGCCGUAAGUCUUUCUAUGACUGUGACAUUUGAGUGAACGCAUGUGUUUUUAUCAUGAGAGGCAAGAAAUGAUAUUUUUUGCUUCCUUCUGAUAUCCUGGUCAACGAGCUAACUACAUCUGUUCAACAAAUGCAACAAGAAACCGAAAGUUGUGUUUUGGACGAAGAUCCAUUGGAGGUAAGCAAUGAAAAAAGCGAAAACAAAUCGUCGCACGUGAGAGCUAUCCACCCAAGCAAGGAUCUAAAUAGAUAUAUAGUGGACAAGUUCCAUCAACCUACAGCCAAAUCAAAGGCCGCUCCUUUUGAAGCCAUCGAUCUUUCCAUCUAUAAACCUUCAGCUAGAUGCCUUGCUUUCUCGACAUCUGAAGAUCGCCUGUUAUUAUGGAUUGUAGCUUUCCAAUUUCGCUAUUAUGAAAUAACCGGAAAUGGAACCGAUUAUACUGUGAUAUGGGAAGAGCAAGACAACCCAAGCUCAACCUCGAAGUGCGAUAAAAUCUGUAUUCAUCUUUCAAUGAAUACAUCCACUGGCGAAGAAAAAUUGGUAACCAUUACAGUUUUUGGUACAACUGGGAGGAUCCUCGUGCAAGGGAAAAAAUAUGAUGAAUGGAGCAAAUUCGAAUUUCCGGUGAUGCUGAAAAUUGUCAACACUCUCAGCGAUCUUCAACCUCUCUUCACUCUCUUCAGUUGGAGAUGUUUCUCUCUUUGGAGCCUCGCUUCAAAACUUUUUACGAAUUUCAUAACAUUUGUCAGAGAUGAUGACAUCCCAUCAUCAAAUAAUUUGGACGCCGAACUUCCCUCAACAACCAAACCGGAAGCUUUAUUGCCAACUGAAACACUAACAAUCUCGCCAACCCGUUUAAAGACAAUCUCAUCCAUGCGAGACACACUCGGGUAGCUAGAGGCAGAUUUUACAGAAUUUCAUAUGACCACUACCGGGGAUUUGGAACAGCUAAAAGACAAAACCGUUAAACAAGAUCACUUAAUUAAGCUACAAAAACAAUCAUCUGACGAUCUACUCAAUGAUUUUUCCUCGCAGAUUACAUCACUCCAAAAAAUAGUCUCUCAACAAUCAAGCAUCAUUAAAAAAUUGCAAGAUGAAAACCAGAUCCUCCACAAGAAACACGUACAAAUUGACAAAGCAAAUCAGGCCCUGCAAGAAUCACAAAAUAAUCUGAUGACAGAAAUUCAUUUCCUUAAAGAACAAAUGACAGCGCUUUGGCAAAACUCGAAGGAACCUGACCCCCCCAGCCCUUCCUCACAACCCGAGUCUUCUUGCUCCGAAAACACCACUGACAGCGAACAAAAAAAAAUACGGACUGUGAGGCAUCUCGACUACCCAUCACAGCUCAAAAGCUUACAGUAAAUAUUCCCACGGAAAACAGGUUUUCGCUGCUCCAGAAUUGUGACACAUCUGACAGCUUAUCCAACACACAGCAAGAAAUUGUCUCGAGACAAACACAGAAAAUAUGACUCCACCUACUCCACAAGACAUCGCGCCACCGCCGAUCCAAGCAUCAGUAAACAAUAAAGCCGUUUUUCUGUGCGAUUCGAAUGGAAAAUUUAUCGACAAAAGAAAGCUUUUUCAACCAACACAAGAUUUCACAUUCUUCAGAUGUCCCAAAAUUGAACACGCAAGGGCUAUUUUACAAAAUGAAAUUGAUAAAGAAUCGGCUGGACAUCCUCAAUUAAUCAUAAUCCACACCGGAACAAAUGAUCUUACUACAACCACGCCAAUAGACGACUUCAUCUCUGAUAUAUCUGUAUUAAUCACUCAAGCAUCUACAAAGUUCCCAAAGAGCAAAAUCGUUUAUUCAACUCUCUUGCCGCGAACUGACAUUCCCCUGCAUACUUUAUCCAAAAUAAACACAAACCUUAUUGACAGCUGCUCAAAACUACCAAACGUCCAUCUAGUUAAUCAUGACAAUAUCUUCUCCAAGGGAACUGAAGUGUUGCAUGACAGAAAACAUCUUAAAAAAAGACACCUUGGUUUGUUCGCAGCAAACUUAAAAGCAGCCAUUCGUGGUAGAGGAAAACCACCUCGCGCCAACUCCAGCCAAUUGUACCGAUCCUCACUCUCUUCGCCGCACUCGUUUCACACUAGCCCUUCGGAAGGCUAUCCUCCCUCCAGCAAUGGUGUUCGGAACAUACACAGCCAAGUCCACCAAACUUCGCGGCAGCAACAACCUUUACCUUCCCGUUUCCCAUAUACAACUUCCUCGGGUGAUGCCUCUUAUAGUAAUGCUGUUAAAAACGGUCACAACACCUACAACAUUCCGCAAUCACCGCAACAGCAACAGAACUUUCCGCCGCAACACUACAAUGUACAGAGCUUCUCACCGUCUCACUUAGCGGCAGUAGGACCGAUUCCUUCUGUUCCUCUCCAGAACGACUGUGCUGUUGAAAAAGCCCCGGCAGUUGAAAUCCCAAAGGAACUGGUAUCUUAAAUCCAAUUUUUGAGACCCUUGUAUAUCUUAUACAUAACCCACAACUUUCAAUGCUAGUUGUUGCUAGUUUCCCGGGAUAUCUGAUUUAAGCUCUCUUUUUUUCAGGUACUAAGUUUGAUACAACAUGCCAGGGCCCUUAAGCUUCCCCAGCAAAUUAUCUUUUUUUGCUUGGAACAUUAAUGGGCUAUCGUCGAAAUUAUUAGCGGAAAAAUUGCAAAAUUUGGAUUGUAAAAACUUGAUUAAUUCUUUUUGAUUUCGUAAUUCUCUCCGAAACAUGGAAAAAAAAGUGACUGUUGAAGUAAACGGUUACAAGAUUGUGACUACAGAUACCUUGAAAACAGGAAAAUGCGGACGUAACUCGGGUGGAUUAGUUUGCUCUACAAACUAAAGUUUGACGAUUGGAUUUCAGUGCAAAAAGAAUCACCAAAUUUUUAUGGUUUAAAAUUAGUAAUCGCUACACAAAAACUACAAAAAGACAUUUAUGUCUGUGGAACGUACAUUCCACCAUACAAUUCCCGCUACUUUCGACCUGAACUAUUUGAAGAGCUUGAAAGCGACAUCGAGAAAUUCUCCUCCCUGGUUCAAUUCUUAUUAUGGGAGACUUUAACUCCAGAGUCGGAAAACACCCGGACAGUGUUUGUCAAGAAGGUAAUAAGAUAAUAACAAACGAUUUUUCUGAAUCUUCGUUAUGCGCCACCCAAAGAAAAAGUUUUGACAAUGAUUUGAAUAAUCACGGAAAACGACUCUUGGAAAUUUGUAGAAGCGCGGAUUUAAGAAUUUUAAAUGGUAGAAUUAAUGGCGACUCGUUAGGCAGACCUACAUUUCAUGGUAAAUCGGGAAUCAGUGUCAUUGAUUACUCCGUAUGUGACCAAGAUUUGCUACGAAAUAUAACAUCUUUUGUAGUGAAAGAGCCGAACAGUUUAUCAGAUCAUAGUCCAAUAAUAACAUGGCUUAAGGUUAACCGUCAUUUAGAUAAUGAUUCAUCAAACGAGGCAAUUAUAAAUGAUUCUUUGACUCCUCUACCAAAACAGUUUUUUGGGAAAACGAUUCGUCACAAAAAUUUAGAGCUACAUUACAGUCUGAAGACAUUCAAAGAAUGAUCCACGAUUUUAUGAAUACUACAACAAUCACGAGAAAUGUUGACAUGAACCUUCAUGCUGUAGAAAAUAUUCUUAUUUCAACCGCCAAACGCUGUUUGAAGAUCAAAACAGCAAAAAAGCGACGUUGCAAAAUAUCUUCGAACAAAAAAUGGUUCGACAAAGAAUGCCGCUAUAAAAGACAUGAACUGCGGAAACUUUCUAAUCAAAAACAUAGAGAUCCUCUAAACACUACCCUCAGAGAAGAGUUUCACAACGUCUUAAAACAAUAUAAAAACCUUUUGAAACAUAAGAGAAACGAAUACUAUAGCAAUAAGAUCUGUGAACUUGAAAAUACGGUCGAAAAUUCGAACAAUAAGAGCUUUUGGAACUGUUUGAAGUCAAUGGACGACACUAUGAAGGAAACCUACACCCCUCCAAUUUCUGAAGAAAAAUGGAUGUCCCACUUUCAAUCUUUGCACUCGAAUGAACCCCUUAAUGAACAGCAGGAGGCAAUUAUAGAUGAGUUGCAGAAUUCAGAGGAUAUUACGUCACGAUCUCACUCCUUGGAUUACCUCAUCACUGAAAGUGAAAUUCGCACUGCAGUUGGAAAACUCAAAAACAACAAAUCUUCUUUUUCAGACAAAAUCAAAAACGAAAUGAUCAAAUCUAGCCUAAACGAAUUAAUGCCUGUUUAUCUAAAACUAUUUAACACGAUCCUCGACUUAGGAACUAUGCCGCAAAUGUGGUGUGAUGGCCUCAUUACACCAAUUUUGAAAUGUGGUACUAAAAGCGAUCCAUCAAACUACCGUGGAAUUUGUAUUUCCAGUUGUAUUGGAAAACUAUUUUGUUCAAUUCUCAGUCAGAGACUUCUAAAGCACGUUGACUUAAAUAAUAUACUUCACAAGUCUCAAAUUGGUUUUCUAGCAAAUAAUAGAACAGCAGAUCAUGUCUUCACACUUCGAACAUUAAUAGACAAAUAUGUCCAUUGUCACAAGGAGAAAAUAUAUGCGUGUUUUGUUGACUUUAGGAAAGCCUUUGAUUCGGUUUGGCAUGAUGGGCUUCUCUAUAAGUUAUCUAAGAUCAAUGUCCAAGGAAAGUUUUAUAGUCUAAUUAAGAGUCUAUACUCGAAGUCUACCUGCUCUGUCAGGAUUGGAAAUAACAAAACGCGAUCUUUUCAAUACGCAAGAGGAGUGCGGCAAGGCUGCAUUUUAAGCCCUCUGCUCUUUAACUUAUACCUUAACGAUCUAGCGUUCUCAUUUGACAAUGUUUUAUCAGACCCCUUCGUGUUACCAAAUGGCACCAGACUCAACUCUCUCCUUUACGCAGAUGACUUGAUAAUAUUAUCGCGAUCCAAACUUGGUCUACAAAACUGCCUUAACGUACUAUCUUCAUAUUGCAACUCAUGGAUGCUUAGAAUAAAUCCUAAGAAAACCAAAAUAAUGAUUUUUCAACGAUGCACACGAAAAUGUGAACAUAACUUCCGCAUAGGCAAUGAAGUAAUCGACGUUGUCCAAAACUAUACUUACUUAGGAACUCGAAUUACAUCUUCCGGAAAUUUUACACUUUCGCUUGAACAUCUCCGACAAAAAGCUCUUCACGCGCUCUUCAGCCUCAGGCGACACACGGAUUUGAAUAAUCUUAAGCCCUCACUUGCGUGUAAAAUUUUUGACUCUAUGAUUUCACCAAUUCUAACCUACAACAGCGAAGUUUGGGGUGCUUUUGUUAAAUCAGAUUUUAAGUCCUGGGACAGCUCUGCAAUUGAAAAAACCCAUUUGCAAUUCUGUAAACGUUAUUUACAAGUACAUAACAAGGCAUCCAACAUUGCUUGUAGAGCUGAACUCGGUAAAUUUCCCAUGAUCAUUGAUAUAAAUAAAAAGAUUCUAAAUUACUUAGACUAUCUGAGAGGUAAGGAUGAAGAUUCUAUAGUUAAACAGGCCUUACAAAUUUCAAUUGACCUUCAUCAUAACGGAAAAACUAGCUUUUACUCUAAUCUCAUGAAAAUGGUUGACUACUAUGAUCUAAACUAUGACUUUUCCUGUAAUUCAUUGAGUGACUCAAUAGUUAAUAGGUAUAUCGGCAUAAUGAAAAAUAAAUACGUCUCUUACUGGAAUCAGACACUUCAACAAUCACAAAAACUCAGUUUUUAUUGUACAAUCAAAGACGACUAUAGCCCCUCGCCGUACCUAGUUUUAACAAGAAAAAACCCUUCGAGAAAAACAUUAGUUAGAUUUAGAAUAAGUAGUCUUCAACUUAGAAUUGAAACAGGUAGAUACGAAAACAUUCCUCGCAAUGAAAGGAUAUGUCACUUUUGUACAAGUAAGAAAAUCGAAGAUGAAAAUCAUUUCUUACUAGAUUGUAAGGCUUAUUCUCAGAUCAGAGACAUAUUUUUCUCGAAACUAGAAACUAAAAUACCUGACUUCAAAUCACUUUCACACGAUACUUUAAUAUCUCUUCUUAUGAAUUCUUCUGAUUAUUUAAUUAACUGUCAAUUAGUUUCAUUUAUCUCGCAAUGCUUAGAAUUAAGGACCAAAUUAAUAUCAAUGAAUGAAUGAAUGAGAACUGUCACGUUUUGUAAUGUUUUGCACGUACUAAUUAGUUGAAUUAGUACUUAAAUUUAGAUUAAUAGCUUUUGCAAUACUGUAAUUCCUUUAUGGUCAUGCAAAUAAAGCUUUUGGUGUUGUUGUUGUUGUUGUAAGCCUGGUACCCUCAGAAAACGGUCGAAAUUUUCGCUAAUGAGACUGUCAGCCGGGUUUAAAAAUUUUGCUCUAUUCUUAGUUUACGAAAGCUACGAAAUUUCUAGGCGCCGAAAUCAGAAUCUAAAGAUUACUACGAAAGCUACGAAAUUUCUAGGUGAUCUAGGGAUUACUACAAAAUACGAAAUUCUUAGGUGAACAAACCACAGAAAUCCCGAAACUCUGAGCCCAACGAACAGUCACCACGAAACAUUUUCGAAAUUUUUAGCUGUUCUUGGGCUCCCGAAAAUUUUAGCCAUUCUAGAGGGCUCCGAACAGAUAUUUCCCCGAAAACGGUCGUUGGGUGCCCCUGAGUUUUAUAAAAACUGGGCAAAUAAACACACGAUAAAUAUGAAAACUAUGAUUCAUUGUAAUGUAGAAUAUCAGGUUCUUUAAACGCUACAUGUAAGAGAAGGGAUGUGUUCCUCAGGAAGACAGCAUUACAGAGGUUAGGGAUAUUUGGUCGCGCUUGCGUAAGCAGCGAGACUCGUAAUCGGCAACGCGUUUUUUGUCGUAUUUUGUACACAAAUGGGGGCUCAUUGUGCCAGGCGUUCCUUGCGGAGACCGUGGAAAGUGGGACUAAGAAUCGUUGCGUGAUUGAAGCCACCCAUGUUUUGCGAAGAAAGCUUAGGGAGGAUUAAAUUUAGAACUUUUCGGAAACGUGUCGGUCCACAAAUUCUAUCGCUUGAAAGCGUUGAUUGCUUUGGAACAAGUGAACACUUCUGAGUGGUCGGAAAAAAAAAAAUGAUGGUAGGGUGUUGUAAACUUUCAUUGUAUGCAAAUGGUCUUGUGAUGAGCAUGGGGUUUAAUUUCGGCGAUGAUUGAAAUAACGUGCAAUAUGUAAAUCAUAGCCUGCGUAGCAGGCGCUUGGAAGUAGAGGGCACAAGAAAAAACGGGCGCGCGAGAAGGAGACACGCGAGGGGAGAGGUACUCGACUGUCUCCCUCGCGCGCGCCCGUUCUCUCUUUCGCCCACUACUUCCAAGCGCCUGCCACGCAGGCUAUGUAAAUCACGUUUUUGAUCUCUGGCAAUGAUUGGCAAUGAUGUAAUUUCUCUGGAAUCGAGGCCCUUGAAUUUUCGUAUAUUUAUAUACGCGUAUAGCCUGCGACCGCAGACGUAUUUCCGGUCGUCGCUAACACGCGUACUAAAUCAAUUCAGAAACAAAUAAAAAGUAUCGACGUCGAUAAAGUAGGAAGUGCAAAACAUUUAGCGAGUAAAUCCUGUUUCGUGUAGAAUUAAUCGCCUCCUCAUUUUUCGAUCUUAUCUCCAAGCAAGCGAGACUGACGCCUCUGUAAGAGCGUUCUUGUUUAACUAAAAGUAAUGAUAUUAAUGGCAACUAACUAAUUCUUGAAAUAGGAACAGGGGAUAGACUGUUGUAACCUGUUGUGUUUGAAUAAAGAGUGAACAUUGACAGGGCCAUGGGGUUACAAAUGGUUCUUAUAAAUCGUUGUUCUCCAAAAGUUUCACUUUAAUCUUGAAAUCUCAGUAGAAUUUGUGAAGAGCCUGGAACUAUUGAUUUUCUGCAUUGAUUUCCAUCUCAAAUUUUGAAAAGUUUUGCCCCGAGGUGCGAGAUUUGUCAUCAAAAGACUUGGGGUCUUGAAUGUUACAUUUUACCUAUAGGAAGGGAGUGUUCAUCUUCUUUGAUCCCAUUUCAUGGAGAGAAAAUAGAAACAUCACACCCUAUGGGGAAAAUCAAAAACAUAAAAUUGUUUCAAUAGGUUGGUUUUAUUUCUUUUUUACAGACAUUCACAAAGCAAGCGUUCUUAAGUUCAAACCUAUUUGAAAUGCCUUUGCUUUAAUCAAACGGCUAUAGUAUCAAAAAGGAAUAUCCUAUUUAUAGAGUAAGCACCAUAAAAACCAUACUCUCUUCUGCAGCAUACUCCUAUAUAGUUUAAAUGCGAGAGGACCUCUCUGAAUAAUAUGCCACCCUUAUAUAAUUUAAAGGAACCUCUUAAUCUGAUCUGUUCAGCUAGCCUUUAAAGGAGUUUCAACGUGGGUAUGCUUUCCUCAGCAAUAUUUAUUAUUUGAGUUGCUUAUUCUGUGAAGAGUCAGAUCAGUCAAAACUUAUGAAUUCUCUUUACUUUGCAAAUUAUGCAAAUGUACUUUCUGCUUGAAUGAUUUAGUGUUUUCAGCUGCCUUCCUGACCCCCUCUAAUGUUUGCUUUAGUCGGAUUUGAAAUGUCAAAUUGUUGAUUUAGUAAGCAGUUUCUGUCUGAAUAUUAUUUUACCUUCAAAGGAAUGUGACAGCCAGGCCCAGGGGUGAGGGGGAGCACUCCGGAUUUUAAGUGACAGGUAUGAUCAAAUGGGGGCAACAAUCAAAACCCAAAAUAAUCCCUAGGGUUUCCAACAUAACUUUAAAAUAUCCCUGGACCAAAAAUUAACUCCCUACUUAAAUCAAGCCACCCCAAAAAGUACGUGCCAAACUUUUCUACCCCCAAAACUCCCGGAAACGAAAAUUUCAAAGCCCCAAAAAAUCAUUCGAUCAUCCCUGUCACUUGAAAUCUGGAGUCUCCCCUGGGCAACCAAGUACAGUUUUAAAUUACUGUUUGUGUGUCAAACCAAGACUGGACACCUAGGAAACGGAGUCAACUUGUUGUUCUUUUUCUUGCGCUCCAAACAUUAGAUAUCAACAAUGCAAGUACGGACUUUGCCAGCAAUCUUAUCAUUGUCUCGGUCCCAUUUAGUCUCCAUUGCAGCCGUCACGCAAUAAAAACGGCUGCCAAGGAGACUAGGUUCCAUUGUAUCACCCCAGUAAGAGUUUUGUAAUAAAAGUUGCUGUGAUCCACCUAGCCUCCACAUAUACUUUCAACUUGCCGUAGAUGGGGGAAGGAGUAAAAGAGACCCGACGAUCAGAAAAACCGCCCGACUCACACUCACCCCCUUUGCAAAACCCAAACUCAUCUACACCCUCCUGGGAAAAACUUCAUAUCGGACAGUGUCCAAAGGGGCGUAAGCGUGACUCGGCAAGAUGGCUGUUCCUGCUGCGAUCGGUGUAGCGGCAAUCGCUGUCCUUUAUGCAGGGAAAAGAUACUUGCAAGGCCCCAAAUGUAACAGCAAAAGAGGCCUAGACGGUAAGACGGUUGUUAUCACAGGUGGAAACACUGGUAUCGGCAAAGAAACCGCAGUGGAUUUAGCCAGGCGAGGAGCGAGGGUCAUCAUCGGCUGCAGAAAUCUCCUAAAGGGCAAAGAAGCAUUGAAUGAAAUAAAAGAACGAAGUGGAAACUCGAAUGUUUUCCUUGAGGAGUUAGACCUGGCUUCGUUAAAGUCUGUUCGCACGUUUGCCGACAAAAUUUUAAGCCUUGAAUCCCGCGUUGAUGUCCUCAUCAACAAUGCUGGAGUGAUGAUGUGCCCAUAUCAGAAGACUGAAGAUGGAUUUGAAAUGCAGUUUGGUACGAAUCAUCUUGGGCAUUUCCUGCUGACGAUGUUACUCCUUGACCGACUGAAGCGUUCACAGCCGAGUCGAAUCAUAAACGUGUCUUCGUCUGCUCACAGGAUGGGAAGUGACAAGAUCAACUUCGCAGACAUCAACUUCGAAAAAAGCUAUGACAGCUGGGCCGCCUAUCAUAACAGCAAGCUUGCAAACGUGUUAUUCACACGCGAGCUCAGCAAACGUCUGGAGGGCACCCAUGUGACGGUGAAUGCACUGCACCCGGGGGUUGUCACAACCGAGCUUCAGCGCCACAUGUUUUUGUCUAGUAGUCUGUUCUACCCGAUCCGCUGGUACAUGUUCAAGACAGCAGAACAGGGAGCACAGACCUCUAUUUACUGUGCAGUCUCUGAAGAGAUGGAAGGUGUAAGUGGAAAAUAUCUGCGAGAUUGUUCCAUUGUGAAGGAGUCCAAGGGUGCUCAAGAUGAUGAUGCAGCCAAGAAGCUGUGGGAUCUGAGCAUGAAGAUGGUUGGUUUGGAAAAAUAAAGCUGAACGGAAUCUCCUCUCAUGACAUCUUUCCAUAACUGAUUUUCAAAACCCUUUGUUUUUACUACUAUAAGGUCACUAAAAAAUUUAUGAAUAUUGUGAACUCUCCAAAAUACCAGAAAGUCCAGCAAAAAUGACUUUAAAGUAGUUCUGUAGCCGUUUCCACAUACUGUACCAUGUUUUUACCAACGCUUAUGAUCCCCAAGAAUUAUAAGUUACACGUAAGACAACCUGAGACGAAUAGCAAAAAGUGGCUAGCAUUUGUAUUUGGAAAAAUAAAAAAAAAAAAAACAGUCAUUAUAGUGAUAUAAACGGCACAUGUAAUGAUAUUAGUUUGUAGAAACGAAACCGAUGAUUGGGAAGUGUGACAAUUAAUAACGUCUAUUUUACUUGAAUUUGACAAUGGAUCAUCUGAACUGUCUGGCUACUGCAGUAUUUAGUGUUGUGUCAUUUAGUACUAGGGGCGAAUUCAGAAAUUUUUGAUUAGGAGGCUGCAAUGUUAAAGUGGAAGACCUCUUUCAGUUGUUAAUUAGCCUGUCCACGGAUGUUAUUCUUUCUUCCUCUUUUUUUCGACAAUUCGACAGCGCCCGAGCUAAGAAAAGGAAAAGAAGAGGUUUAUUAUAACCUCCGCCACCAGCCUUGCGAUUGCGGUCAAUAAAUCCUCCGCGGUUUUUAUUUACUUACGAGCGCGCGACGAUCUCUAACUAAGAGCCUGUUUACAUGGAGGUGGGGGACCCCAGGUAGGUAAGGUAACCCGCUUUGGUGGGGUAACCCGAAACAUGUUAUCUCACCUAUCUGGAGUCCCCCACCUCCAUGUAAACAGGCCCUAAAAGGGAAAACAGAGGGUCUGCGAACAGGCUAAAUUGCGACAAGAUGAAUCAAUUCCGGCUACCGUGGGAAGUAAAUUUCAAAGUUUUCAUGGAUGUCCCCAACCGAUGAAGAAAAAGGGGAACAACUUUUUUGCACUAGGGAUAUUAGUAAGGAAAAAAUGUGAAUAAAAACUUUUCAAGAGUCAAAGCGAUUUCCGCCGUGUCCGGGGUACGGUGAAGAAAAAAAGGGAGAGCAUCCUCCCCGAAGAGAGUAUGGGUAGACUGGAAAACUAGUUCAAGAGUCGACAGUAAUAAUAUCCAGCGGCUUCAACAAAGAAUACAAAAUGGCGGCUCGACAAGGCUUUCGCGUAAGAAAAGUGCACCUCUCUCUUUUACAGGAACGUCAAACAAAUUUAAACCUUAACCAAUUUUUGUCUUUUUAGGUAAUCUCUAGGUUAUCUAGAGGGAUUCACACCUCUUGCCGAAGGCAGUUUUUGAUUCCUAUGGUCAUCGAACAGACGGUAUAAAACCUUAUUAACGUAUGAAAGUACAAAGUUACAUCAUCGAUGUAGGGAUGAUGGAUAUAUGAUCACACUAAACGGGGUAAACAACAUAACCACAUUUUCUGUGGGAUACAGAACAAAAACAGUACCAUUUCUGAGGGCUUCUAAGAAUAAAUGGUAAUUUUUAUUAGGGAACUCUAGGCAGGAAUAAUUUUCUGAAGGGCUCAGGAAAAAACUCCUCAUCAGUGGGGGUACGGGUAGGUAGGGGUCGAGAAAUUAAAUUCAAAGACCCUAAGAGAUAACAGAAUUUGGAUCUAUGUGACUGCGUGAUGCAGUUCAAAACCCACAUUUGAUUUCACCCUUGCACACCUUCGAGUCUCUAGUAGUUCAGUGGUUAGAGCGACUGGCUAGAUCACAGGGGGUCAUGGGUUCAAAUCACAUCGAAAGUUUGGUUUUUUCCCCUUGUUUCUAUUUGAUGCAAGAACGUAUCAUGUUGGUGUACUUCUACAAACGAUUUGCUGAGUGGUUGAAUGGUUGCAUCUAUGAUAUGCCUUAAUGUGACUGUGCUAUGAGUCAUAUUUGUGCUGAUUCCACUAUGUGACUGCAUGAUGCAGUUCUAGUCAAAAACUGACAUUUCACCCUUGCUGGUCCUCGAGAGUGCAGUAGCUCAGUGGUUCGAGCAUCCAACUAGAUCAUGUAAGGUCAUGGGUUCAAAUCCCAUCUGGGGCUCAAAUUUAUUUUCCAAGUUUCCAUUUGGUGCAAAAAUGUAAUUAUGAUAUCAUGUUGUUAUAAAUAUCAUUCGUAUUCUAAAUUUAAUACAUUAUUCUUUCUAGGGCAGAGGUGAAAGAGCAUAUGACAUUUUUUCUCGUCUUCUUAAAGAGCGGAUAGUGUGUGUCAUGGGGCCUGUAAGUAACUUAGUUAAGGCCAUUCUCUGCUAUUUUCUGGCAUGGAGGGUACUGGAAUGUCACUAUAUUUCCUUGAAGCAAGCAUUGGGUGAUCCCACAAACCUUCUCAGGAUUGCUUAUGUUUAAAAAUUUUGUUUACUCCUGUAGACAUAAGGACAAAGUAGAUGACCAACAGCAAAACAACUGAUCAGAUGAAAAUAUGUCUGGAAUUUCGAUUUUGUUGUACAUAAUCUUUUAAUCUUUUUGGGGAUAUUAUUUUACAGAUCACAGAUGAAACAUCCAGCCUUGUAGUGGCUCAGCUUCUCUUUUUACAGUCAGAGAAUGGCCGCACUCCUGUCCAUAUGUACAUCAACAGUCCAGGUAGGAAUGACACAGAAGUAACCAAUUUCCUGAUGUGUUAACUUGCCUUCUGACUUGGUGUACCUUUAAAUUGGCAGGGCAAAUUACUGAUCUUUCAUUUCCCAUUUUUUUCUUAAUAAAUUCAACAGGUGGCUCUGUCACAGCAGGCUUGGCUAUUUAUGAUACAAUGCAGGUUGGCAUCUUACAUGCAUUAAGAUUCUCUUAAGCUUCCAUGCAAAGACUUGAAAAGUGUCGCCUAUUUUAGUUUCAAUUCAUUUGGUACAAAGUACCCUAGCGAUAACAAUGUUUUUAUGUUCCCUGUUGGUGAUGGAAUUACCAUUUCAUCAUGGUCAUCCAAGCCACAGAUAGGUGUAAUCUUUUACCACUGGAACAACUAGUUGUCGCUGAUUAUUGGCCUUAGCCUGUACACAGACGUUUUAUUUUUCUUUCCGUUCAUUUCAAUGAAUGAGCAAGGAACGCGAGAAAGAUAAUAUAUAUUUUCUUCUUCCCCCACCUCUACCCCCUUGCACUGGCGGUCAAUAAAUCCCCCUCAGUUUAUAUUUUAUCAUGGGUGCUCAACGGACUUUGAAGAGAAAAUAGAUGAUCUGUGAACAGGCUAUAUUGGCCUGGACCUUUGACAUUUCACACCACAGAUGAAUGUUCUAUAACUGAACUAGCCUGCUUCUGUUACAACAACAAUCUGUGUGGGACUGAGGAAAUUUAUGCCUAAUAUCCACUUAAAUAGUGAACUACACUGGUUUCAUGAGAUAACAGUAGAUAUUUACUAGCAGUAAUAUUUCUGUGAUUCCUUUUUUAGUACAUUCAGCCUCCUAUCUCUACAUGGUGUAUGGGACAGGCCUGUAGCAUGGGAUCACUGUUGCUAACAGCUGGUACUCCAGGUCUUAGGCACUGCUUACCUAAUUCCAGGGUUAUGGUGCAUCAACCACAUGGUGGAGCUCGGGUAUGAAUCUCAGAUUCCUGACAUAUUGUGAAGUAGUAGUUUACAGAGGGUUUGGGAGCCAGAGAAGUAUAUGACAAGUUUGUUCACAGAUAGAAGACUAGGGAGAUGCAGGACUGUCAAAAUGUUUUCAAGUAGCAGGCUGAUAAUGAAUAGUAGGCGGCUUUGGAACUCGAACCAAAGACACAAGUUCUUGAGGGCCCAGGUAUCUAGGGACAUUUUGAAAUUUGGAGUCUUAGAAAUGGCAUUUCCAGGGGUUUUCAAGAGGUAUUUUCCACUGUGGAUGCUAUGUUGUUUUGUCAGAAUACAUGCAAGACUGGGAACAAUGCUAUCGAAAUGUCGCAGGCAUUACACUACAUCGCGUAGUUCGAACGUUGUACAGAUCUAAACCUGUUCAAAUAUGCGUUCAAUGUCAUUCAAAACUGGAACACGGAUGCUUUACAAUUUUAUUCGAUGGUGCUUAUUUUUUUGUUAGCAGUUAAGGGAGAAGGAGAUGAAAGUAGCUGGCUAAGGAUGCCUAACUAGCCAGCGGUUUUGGCCGGCUACUGGCCCUUAUUGACAGCCCUGGAGAUACAGUAAUAAUUACUACAUUUACCACCAAAACCACUUGUUACAACAAGUUUGUUUUAUAGCAGCAGAACCAGAACAGUAGUUUUUCUUUCAAACUUCACAGCUGAGGAUUGGCACAUUGCAUCCCUGCUCAUAUCUGUUAGGCUGGCAUACCUAUCUGUUGUACCUCACUUUCAUUAAUUUAUUUUUCUAGGGGCAAGCUACAGACAUUGCCAUUCAAGCUGAGGAGAUUUUAAACCUAAAGAAGUUAAUAAACAACAUCUACGUGAAACACACUGGCCAGCCAAUUGAAGUAAUAGGUAUGAUCCCAUUUUCAUUAGAAAGGGAGGAGGAGGCAGUUGUUAUUCUGCAAAAUUUACCUUGUAUAAGUAAUGUUGAUGAGUACUAUUUUGAUACUAUUUUUAAAGCCAUAUGCUUUCUCAGGAGAACAAAAGAUAAGCCCAAGCCUUGAAAACACUUACAUAGAAGAAAAUCUUCUAGUUCUAGCUUCAAGUUUAUUCUGGCAAUAUAUGAGGUAUUACCUGGUACCUACACCAAUAAGAAACUUAGAGCCACAGAUCAGUUUCUUUGUUCAUGCAUGCAUCCUUGUGUUUAUUUUGUAUUUAAAUCUUGCAGAGAAAGAACUUGAAAGGGACAAGUUUUUGUCUGCUGAUGAGGCAAAAGACUUUGGUCUGGUUGACAGAGUUUUAUCGCAUCCUCCAAUCACAGAGAGCCCAUUGUCAAAUGGUGAUAAAGUGGAUAGCUAACAUAGUUUGCUGAGGACUAGAUUAAACUUGGAAUAACUCCUUUGCUUAGCUUCAAAAUCAAUGUUUUAAACUUCAGUUUGACUGAUAAAAGUAAGGGGGUCAACAGUGUUUCCCCAACUGAUAGACCUUAUCCUCUGUUAAGAGCAAAAAAACAUGUCCGUUUUUAAUAUUGGCCUUUUGUCCAUUGAAUAGAUACGUUUUUCCUGCUCUCAGUUCUUGCUGCUCCUUGACCUUUAUACCCAGUGUUGGUGGGGCCAAUAGAUUGUCUUUAUUAGGUACACUUCCCAAGGGCUGCCAACAGCAGAAUGCAUUCAGUUAUAAAUCAUUCUUGAAUACAAGUUUGGUUUGCCCACUUGGUACUCCUGGAAUCCUUUCAUAAGUUAGCUUUCUUCGCUUAGCAGGUAAGUAUGAUGAGAAGAGUGACCAGUCAUCCAAAUCUAAAGUUUAGUUGGCAUAAAUUAAAUACGGUCAGUGGAUUUCCUUUAAUUUGAAUUGUAAAUUUAUUGAGAAAUACAACCUUGAAGCUCAAGGACCCUCAGCAUUUGAGUAGCAAGAUUGUUUUCUUUUAGCUUAAAAUUUUGACCAGUGUGGCCUUACAUAAUUCCUGCGUUUACCAUCUAAUGUAACUUUUGUAAUAAUGGCGUUUUGUUACUCUUUAGUUAGCGCUAACCUAGUUUACAUUUGUUUUCCUGCGCGUGCAGUGCGUUUGUUAUUGACUUGUUGAAAAUAUCGCGAUAUUUUAAUGAAUACAUUAUCCUGCCAGUGAAGCGAAGUGAGAAACUU